AUGACUACCAAGCCUGCCGUUCUUCACAUUGGUGACCCCAUAACAUACAAUCAUGAUUUCUUUAACAACGAAUUUGCGUCGCGCUUCAAUGUUAUCCAAGCCACAGAAACCGACCGUGAUACUUUCAUUCAAGCAUUGAAAUCUAAAAAAUAUGGCGACUUCUCGGCCAUAUUCCGCCCUCACUUCCAAAGCGGAGGUUUCAUGGGACAAUGGGACGCCGAGCUUAUACCCUUGCUGCCACCUAGUAUGCGCAUAUUUGCCUCUGCAGGGGCAGGCUUCAACUGGGCGGAUGUCGAUUUGCUGGGCCAGCAUAAGAUCUGGUACGCUAACGGCGCCGGCGCAUCAGAUGAAGCUGUCUCCGAUACAGCGCUGUAUAUGAUUUUGAGUGUAUUUCGCAAUUUCACUCGCUCGCAGAUAGCCGCACGAACAGCCGAUCCGGAGAGGUUCACGGAGACACAUAAGCUGAUUGCGACCAUUUCGCAUAACCCCCGUGGCCAUGUACUGGGGGUUGUGGGUUUCGGGAACAUUAGCAAGAAACUUGCUUUCAAGGCCCGCAUGGCGUUGGGGAUGGAGAUUCACUAUUUUGAUAUUAUACGUGCUGACCUAGAGGAGGAGAAAGAGCUGAAGGCGACGUAUCAUGAAUCUUUGGACGAGCUUCUGAGGGUGGCAGAUUGCGUGACGCUGCACACGCCGCUGAAUAGGCAUACACAAGACCUGAUGGAUGCGAGAACUUUGGCUUUGAUGAAGCCUGGGAGUCGGCUUGUCAAUACUGCGAGAGGGCAGAUUGUUAAUGAGGAUGCUUUGAUUCAGGCGCUGGAAAGUGGACACCUUUCUGCUGCUGCAUUGGAUGUGCAUUACCACGAGCCACAGGUGUCCCCACAACUAGCGGGUAUGCAAAAUGUCACACUGACUACGCAUAUUGGUGGUGGUGCAUUGGAUACCAGAAUCAACUUUGAGUUGAACGCUAUGAAAAACAUUGUUCAAGUGGUCGGGCCAGACGGAGAGUUUGUGGGGGAACCUUUUACGCCUGUGAAUCGGACAGCUUUCGAAGCGGCGGCAUACAUCCAGUCUUAA